AUGGCCUGUUCGAGCCUCGCGAAGCUUAAUGCGGCGUCGUCUCAGUGGAUCGGCCAGCAGUCCUUCACUCAGCGCCACGGAUCGUCCACCAGCCUCUCUACUCGCCGAGUCGCCGUCCCGAUCCGAGCUAAGGCCUACACCGACGAACUCAUCCUCACCGCUAAAACUAUUGCAUCUCCUGGUCGUGGUAUACUUGCCAUCGAUGAAUCAAAUGCAACUUGUGGAAAGAGGUUAGACUCUAUUGGCUUGGACAAUACCGAGGUUAACCGACAGGCUUACAGGCAACUUCUGUUGACCACUCCUGGCCUAGGCGAAUACAUUUCAGGUGCCAUUCUUUUUGAGGAAACACUUUACCAGUCAACAACAGAUGGGAAGAAAUUUGUGGACGUGUUGCGCGAGCAGAAAAUUGUACCCGGAAUCAAAGUUGAUAAGGGUUUGGUUCCCUUACCAGGAUCAAACAAUGAAUCUUGGUGCCAAGGCUUAGAUGGAUUGGCUUCACGUUCUGCUGAGUACUACAAGCAAGGUGCUCGUUUUGCUAAAUGGCGCACAGUUGUUAGCAUUCCUUGUGGUCCUUCUGCUCUGGCUGUUAAGGAAGCUGCAUGGGGACUAGCACGUUAUGCUGCCAUUUCUCAGGACAAUGGUCUUGUGCCCAUUGUAGAGCCUGAGAUUCUUCUUGAUGGGGACCACCCAAUAGAAAGGACACUUGAAGUGGCAGAGAAGGUGUGGGCAGAAGUCUUCUGUUACUUGGCUGAAAACAAUGUGGUGUUUGAAGGAAUCCUUCUUAAGCCUAGCAUGGUAACCCCAGGGGCUGAACACAAGGAAAAGGCUUCUCCAGAGACCAUUGCCAAACAUACACUCACAGUGCUUAAAAGGAGAGUUCCUCCUGCAGUACCAGGAAUCAUGUUCUUGUCAGGAGGACAAUCCGAAGCAGAAGCAACCCUGAACCUCAAUGCAAUGAACCAAAGCCCCAACCCAUGGCAUGUUUCCUUCUCGUAUGCACGUGCUCUGCAGAACUCUGUGCUAAAGGCAUGGCAAGGACAUCCUGAGAACGUGGAAGCUGCACAAAGGGCACUGUUGGUCCGAGCAAAGGCGAACUCCUUGGCUCAGCUAGGAAGGUACUCUGCUGAGGGUGAGGAUGAGGAAGCCAAGAAAGGAAUGUUCGUCAAGGGCUAUACUUACUAA